AUGGAUUUAAAUGGUCAAUUUAUGAAACGUGGUGAUAAUGAUGAUAAUAUAAUCAAAACGAAAUCUGAUUCAGGUCGUGCUCCGACGGUAAUCAUUGUUGGAAUUGUCGCAUCAGUUACUGGACUCUUAGUGAUUGUUUUUCUCACGCGUUAUUGGCGAUACUAUGGUCGUCGACGAAAAGAGGGUGAGGAUAUGUCGUAUAGUGUAGCACGUUAUUGGCGUAAACAACUUGGAUCAUCGUCAUGUGACAGUUUAACAGCAGCACCACAACAUACAAAACAACCAGACUAUUACCAAGAUCAGAAAGUAUUAUCUCAAUUUUCUCGCAUUAAAAAUAGUUUUUCAUGGCCAGAAUCAGCAGAUCAAACAAUAUUCGAUCGUAAAGGCAAUGGUAUAAAUACAUCAUUAACAGCCGUAUCCCUUUCGCCAUCAUCCUCAUUAAGCAACAUCAUUACACCAACAACUCCACCACCGUCUCUCACGUUCAGUUUACGUUACGACUCAUCAACUUCAAUAUUAUAUUUAAGAAUAAUAAGUGCACAAGAUUUAACAUCAUCAUAUAGAAAACUCAAAUCAUCAAUAACAACAAUACUUGAUUCUUAUGUACGUGUCGUAUUAUUACCAGAAAAGACUCAAAAAUUAAAAACACGUAUCAUUAAAAAGACGGCACAACCAUUUUAUGAUGAAACACUUGAAUUCAAUAAUAUCAAAGGAGAAGAACAAAGUUUGUUAUUUACUGUGUCGAGUUACGAUACAUUUACAAGAGAUGAAAUACUUGGAGAAUUGUUAUUUCCAUUAAACAGUAGUAUAUUGAAUUUAGCCACGAUGGAAAAAGAAAUAACAUUUACAAAAGAUAUUAUGUCACGAUACAAACAAUUAUCCAUACAAGAGUUAGGAGAGGUUUUGAUAUCAUUGUCGUAUCAGCCAUCCAUUGGUACAAUAACCAUCAUUGUUUUAAAAGUAACGAAUUUACCACAGAUCGGAGCAUCUCGAUUGAUAAAUCCUUAUUUCAAAAUAUAUAUGUUGUAUAAAGAUCAACGUAUUGUUAAAAAACGAAGCACUAUAAAACGUAGUACACAUAAUCCAGUGUUUAAUGAGUGUUUUACAUUUUCAAUACCAUCAAAUGAUAUUAAAAAUAUUCGUUUUGAAUUGAUUAUAUUUGAUUUUGAUCGACAUAUGAAACAUGAACCAAUUGGAAAAUGUGAUAUUGGUGGUGAACAACGUCAACACUAUGAUGAAAAGAAACUGAUGUCUAUUCUGUCACAUCAACAGUUUUUGAAAAAUCUGCUGAACAACAUUCUGCCCAUCAUAUUCAAACGCCAAAUACGCACUGGUGGUGGUGCUGAUAGAAGAUUAACUGUUGAAGACUUUAUUAUACCAGAAAAACAGCCGACGGUUUUAGAUCGUUAUGCAAAUACAUUUCGUCGAGAAAUCGAAAGUGAACAAGAAACAUUGGCCACACUUACUUCGAAAAAUAAAUCCUUACAGUUAAAUUAUGAACUCGAGAAAAGUCGUAAACAACAAGCCACAGCUCGUUUUCAUAUGUUAAAACGAAAAUAUUUUGCUCAUCCAAAUGAUGUUGUCGUUAAACAAGAAGUGAAGAAUCAUAUACAAUUUUUACACAAAAACUAUCCAAAACGAUGGGAUAUCGAUACAUUAGCAAAUGGUUUUGGAUUAUCGAGAGAAGAUGUGCAAUUAGUAUUAAAACAACGAACAACAAAAAAUCUUCGAGUCAAAAAACAAAAACCAGAGUUGAGCAAUAAACUAAAUGAGGACGAUGUACAAGCGCAAGAAGAAUUCAUGGCAAAAGAUCACGAUAUGAAACGUGAUCGUGACGACGAAGAUGUUGUUGAUUAUCAGAUACUGGCAGAAGCAACAAAACUUUCUAAACAUACAAGGCCAUCGGAUAUGUAUCUCGAGAAAAGAAAUGAAGGCUUCUUUUCAAGUGUUAUUGCUACCGCUGAUAAACGUGAGCAAGACAAAAUCGAUUAUGAACGUCCAUUAUUGUCUUCUGGAAAUAAAUCAUCAAAUGUCAAUAAUAUUUCAUCACUCUUAAAUGAAAUUGAUCUACUGCGUCCGCAUGGCUCAUCGCAUAACUAUGAACAAAUGUCAUAUAAGAAUGUUGAUCAAGUGGAAGAUCG